CACGUGACCCGUCGGGUCACAUGGCCCGCGGGACAACAUGGCUGCGCCCGUGCUGCGGCUGGCUCGUGGACGCUGCCCCGAGCCGGGUCGCCUUCUCUUGCUGCAUCUGCUCUUGCUGCUCAGCGGGGCGGCGAGGAGCGAGGAGGCCGGGUCCGGUGCGGGUGCCGGGUCCCUCGCGGGUUCCUGCGGCUGCGGCACGCCCCAGCGGCCUGGGGCCCAGGGCAGUUCGGCGGCGGCGCACCGAUACUCGCGGGAGGCUAACGCCCCGGGCCCGUUCCCCGGAGAACGGCCACUCGCGCACUCCAAGAUGGUCCCCAUUCCUGCUGGAGUAUUUAUAAUGGGCACUGAUGAUCCCCAGAUAAAGCAGGAUGGGGAAGCCCCUGCGAGGAGAGUAACUAUUGAUGCCUUUUACAUGGAUGCCUACGAAGUUAGUAAUGCUGAAUUUGAGAAGUUUGUGAACUCAACUGGCUAUUUGACAGAGGCUGAGAAGUUUGGUGACUCCUUUGUCUUUGAAGGCAUGUUGAGUGAGCAAGUGAAGACUGACAUCCAACAGGCAGUUGCAGCUGCUCCCUGGUGGUUACCUGUGAAAGGCGCUAACUGGAGACACCCAGAAGGACCCGACUCUACUGUUUUACACAGGUCAGAUCAUCCAGUUCUCCAUGUCUCCUGGAAUGAUGCCGUGGCCUACUGCAUGUGGGCAGGGAAGCGCUUGCCCACAGAAGCUGAGUGGGAAUAUAGCUGUCGAGGAGGCCUGCACAAUAGACUCUUCCCCUGGGGCAACAAACUGCAGCCCAAAGGCCAACAUUAUGCCAACAUUUGGCAGGGCGAAUUUCCGGUGACCAACACUGGCGAGGAUGGCUUCCGAGGAACUGCGCCCGUGGAUGCCUUUCCUCCUAAUGGUUAUGGCUUAUACAACAUAGUGGGGAACGCGUGGGAGUGGACUUCAGACUGGUGGACCAUUCACCAUUCUGUCAAAGAAACACUUAACCCAAAAGGCCCCCCUUCUGGAAAAGACCGGGUGAAGAAAGGUGGAUCCUACAUGUGCCAUAGGUCCUACUGUUACAGGUAUCGCUGUGCUGCCCGAAGCCAGAAUACACCCGAUAGCUCUGCCUCGAAUCUGGGAUUCCGCUGUGCAGCCGACCACCUGCCCACCGUCUGACAACCAAGAAGAACCUGCCCCAGUCCAAGAAGUCAUAUUUAACCCGCACUGGGCUUCUCUUAGAACUUUGAACAAAGAAUUCCCACCCCGAGGUGGGUUACGUACCUGCCCAAUGGCCAAAGGAACCGUCUUGCGAGACCAAAUCGCUGACCUGUGUCAGUGCAUGUGCUUUAUUGUGUGGUACAUCUUUGGAGAUCAUUGCCAUGUUUUACUUUUAAAGAGGAAAGGGAGUGGAGGGAACACUGAACUAGUCUUUGGAAGGCCUGUGUCCUACCCAGGCUCUACCACAGGGGUUAAACUCUGUGGUCUAACACUUGCCCUUCCCGGGCCCUUGGGCCCUCAUCUAUCAAGUGAGGGGAUGGACAACACGACCUCUGAGGGUCCCUCCAACUGAAAUUUUAAAAGUGAUAUCAGAUUUUAUUGUGACUUCAUAGUGAGAAUUUAUGACAGAUUAUUUUUUAGCUAUUUUUUCCAUGUGUAAACCUUGGGUGAUACUAAUCAUGUAAAAUAAGAGUUCUCUUAUGUAUUGUUUUCAGAAAAGGGUAGGACUGAGUCCUUUAUAUUCAUACUGCACUUUGUUUUUCCAAGGAAAUCAGUGUCUUUUACAUUGUUACGAUGAGUCCCACGUGGGCUACUGAAGGUGUGCUAAAGUUCAGCAUUCUGAACACACAGGAAUGUCUGUGGGUGACUCUACUGUGCUUUAUCAUUUAACUUUAAGUGCCUUUGGUUCAGAGGGGCAGUUACAAGCCCUUUUUCCACCUCCCCAAAUCCUUUGGUGAAUGUGAAACAUAUGCUAAAUGGGGAAAGCUGUUUCAUUCUCGAUAUAGAAGAAAAGGAACGAGGACCUUGAAUGAGCUAUAUUCAGGGCAUCCAGUAUUUUUUAAUAGAGAAGUAGGAAAUCCCGUUGGCUAUGGGAUAUCAGAUGCUUUGAAUCAUGCACUAUGUUGAAUAAACUGGUACCUGCUGUAAAUCAGG